GCCAGGCUCCUUGGUAACGCUUCCUUUGUAAGGUCCUUUCUGUUUUCAAUUUAGUGAGAAAUGUUGGAGUCAUCAUGGAUUUAAUAUGUUUUUUCUAACCAUAAACUCCAGAGGGAGAACUCAUUUAACUUGCGUAUUUUCCCGACAACGUAAAGGUGAAGAUGAGUUGUGAAGCAAAACGCUGCGGGGUUCGGUUCAGCCCUCCGUCCAUAGUUCUGAUGUAUGUCCACACUGACACCAAAAAGAUGCGGAAAAGAAUCAUACCCGUACGAAACUUCUCAAAAUAUUCUGACUGCAGCGUGGCUGCUGAAAGACUGAAGAACCACCCGAGGCACAGGGACUACCUGCGUCAAGUACCCCAAAGCCAACUGGAGAAACUCCACAUCAUCCUGCGAGAUCACAUGCAGGGUUCGAGCCUGGAGGACAUCCUUGCUUCGUUCCGCCUGGACCCAGAGGAGGACCUGAAUAAACUGGAUGACGAGGAACUCGCCCGCAAAAAGGGCCAAAUGGACCGGCUGUUCGAGAGGAACCGCAAGCGGACGGACGACCCGGACUUUGUCUAUGACCUGGAGGUGGAGUUUGACAAAUCCAACCAAGAGAAGUGCAGCUGGGAUGAAGAGUCAGAUGAUGAAUUUUAAAACUCUCGUUGCCCUUUUGUAAUAAUUUAGUUCAUGAUUAAACUAUAUCACAACAAAAGUUCCAUUGUGGUAACACCAGGUCAGAUAAAGUAACCUUUCUGCUGGAUGCAUAGCAGGCCCAAGGUGUUAUGAGGCUUUAAGUGGAAUUUGGGUCCCACUUCCAGUAAUGUAGACUUAGGAGAGUUGGCAAUGAAGGACAAAAUUCAAUGUUUAGUUCACAAAUAACUUUUGGAAGAGAAAAAAAUAGAGGUAGUUUUCCAAUCUAUUUAGUCACAGGGGGUGGAAAAUGUGACCCCAGCUCAGACAAGCAGUAGAAAUGAUAAAAAUGACCAUUAAAUUUGACUGUUAAUGUAACUUUUAAA